AUGCCAUCUCCCGUCGCUAUUAUCGGGCUAGCGUGUCGCCUCCCCGAUGAUGUUUCUUCUCCAGAAGAAUUAUGGCAGCUGCUGUUAGCUCAAAGAGACACCAACUCCCUCCCUCUGAACAGAUGGAAUACGGAUGCUUUCCACCACCCUGGGCGCAACAAGCCUCAAACAAUCUCGGCGAGGGGAGCCCAUUUUCUCAAGAGGGACGUGACAGCCUUUGACGCGGCCUUCUUCAACAUCAACACGAGUGAAGCUUUGGCCUUGGACCCGCAGCAGCGUUGCGUAAUGGAGGUUACCUACGAAGCUCUAGAAAGCGCUGGUCUUACCAUUGACGCAGUGUCGGGUUCUCGGACGGGCUGCUAUGUUGGCUCUUCCUCGUCCGAUUAUAGAGAUUCCAUCGCGCGGGACACUGAGACGUCACCACGCUAUUCUGCGCUUGGUAUCAACACGGAAAUGCUGUCCAACCGUACAUCGUGGUUCUAUAACAUGAAGGGCCCCAGCAUGACGGUGGCCACGGCCUGUUCCUCCAGUCUCGUCGCGAUCCACACGGCGUGCCAGGGCCUCUUGGCCGGCGAGACCGACAUGGCCGUUGCCGGUGGCGUGAAUCUCAUGUUGAACCCGGAGUUCGCUAUUUACCUUAGCGGCAUGACGAUGAUAUCGCCGGAAGGUCAUUGCAAGUCGUUCGAUGCUUCGGGAGACGGGUAUGCCCGCGGCGAGGGUUGCGGCAUGGUCGUCCUCAAGCGUCUAGACGAUGCCAUCCGAGACAACGACCCGAUCCGCGGCAUCAUUCGUGGCACUGGCGUCAACUCGGAUGGGUUCACGCAAGGCUUUACGAUGCCCAGCUCGGAGUCGCAGGCAUCACUUAUCAGAGAGGUCUACCAAAAGGCAGAGCUGGACAUGAGUGACACGCAGUUUGUCGAAUGCCACGGAACCGGUACUAAAGCCGGCGAUCCAAUUGAAACGAGGGCAAUCUACGAGACGCUUGGUAGAAAAGCUAGCAGCUCGCAACCACUGAUGAUUGGCAGUGUAAAGCCCAACAUUGGUCAUUUGGAGGGCGCUUCUGGCGUUGCGGCACUCAUCAAGUCCAUAUUAGCUCUUGAGAAGGGAUACAUUCCGCCCCAGAUGUUCUUCCGCACGCCGAAUCCCAACAUUCCGUUCAGCCAGUGGAAUCUCGAGAUCCCAACGGCGUUGAUGCCGUGGCCAAGGAUAAAGGGUCCUCGGCGGGUGAGCAUCAACAACUUCGGCGUCGGCGGGACGAACUCGCAUGCCAUCAUCGAGGGCGCGCCUCGGCAGCAUCAGCAGCUUGGCCCGAUAUCCGCGGCGGCCGAAAAGAAACGCCUCUUUGUCCUCAGCAGCCAGGAUAAGAACGGCCUUGUGCGCGUGGCCCAGUCACUGGUAGCCUAUCUUGGCGACAAGGAGAAACACCCCCAAGCAUCUGCUGCCCACGCCGCCAGUCUCGCGUACACCCUUGGAAACAAGCGCUCGCGUUUCUCGUGGAAGAAUUUCUGCAUUGCAGCCGACUUGACGGCCCUACGAUCUGGCCUGCGCGCGCUGACGAGCGACGGCGCCGUCAGGUCCAACGCUGCUCCGCGCAUUGGCUUCGUGUUUACUGGACAAGGCGCCCAGUGGCCCCUGAUGGGUCUGAGACUACUUGAAUUCGACGUCUUCCAAUCCAGUUUCAAAAAGUGCCAGGGCUAUCUCACGGAUCUGGACUGUCCUUGGGACGCCGCCGAAGAACUCCGAAAGCCCUCGGAAACAAGCCGUAUCAAGUCGCCCGAUCUGAGCCAACCGCUGUGCACCAUGAUCCAGAUUGGCAUUGUUGAUCUCCUGGCGUCUUGGAACGUCUUCCCGAUCAAGGUCGUGGGUCAUUCCAGCGGUGAGAUCGCCGCCGCGUAUUGCGCGGGCUCUCUUACUGCCCGGGAAGCGAUGGAGGUGGCCUACCUCAGAGGGAAGUUCUCCGCUGCGUUCGCCACGAUGGAGCCGCAGCGAGAAGGAGGCAUGCUCGCUGUCGGCUGCUCGCGGGAGAGGGCUGAGCAGUUAAUCUCUGAUGUCACGGCCGGGCAUCUUACGGUGGCCUGCGUCAACUCGCCGUCCAACGUGACGAUAUCUGGCGACGUAUCCGGGAUCGAGCAGCUGCAUGAAAAGCUGCGAAGCACGUCUGUCUUUGUCGCCCGGUUGAAGGUUGACGUGGCCUAUCACUCGGAGCACAUGGAAACAAUCUACCCAGGAUACGUCCAGUCGCUGACGCACAUCCGUCCCGGCCAAGGGCUCCGGGACGGCGACAGAGACAGCAGCGCCAAGGUCACCAUGGUGUCAAGCGUCGAUGCCGCCGAGAUUGACCCCGAGGCCCUCGGUGCGUUCUACUGGGGCCGCAAUCUUAUCUCGCCUGUCUUGUUCUCGGACGCACUUCGCGAGCUUGUCCGCCCUGCCGACGGGCCUGCUGGGUCGUCAAACACCAUCGACUUGCUGGUGGAGAUCGGACCCCACGCGGCCCUCAAACAGAGCGUCAAAGACAUCCUCGCAGCGAGCGGGAUCAAGGGCGUGGAGUACCUGUCUUCUCUUUCAAGGGGUAGGGACGACGAGGACAUGGCGCUGUCUUUGGCCGGAAACCUCUUUGCAUCCGGUGCCCCGGUUGACGUCUCAAAGGUCAACAACGACGGGUCAAGCGGUUCCUUGCUUACCGACUUGCCGCCAUACCCGUGGCAGCACGCGAACAAGUUCGACGCCAGCCCGCGCAUAAGCCGCGAGCACAACAUGAGGCCUCACCCGCAAAACAGCCUUUUGGGGGCCCCCAUGCCUUCCGUCGGCCCUUAUGAGCACGUUUGGCGUGGCUAUCUCCGUCUCGACGAAGAAAACUGGGUACGGGAUCACAAGAUCACCGGUGUCGUAGUCUACCCGGGGGCCGGUCUUGUGGCCAUGGCCCUGGAGGGCGCUCGCCAGUUGGCCGAUGCCGGGCGCAAGAUGCGGUCCAUUAAGCUACGCGACGUGUCCAUCGAGUCGGCGGCCAUCAUCAACGAAGACCAGCCCACUGAGUUCGUUCUGCACACCAGGCCCCACCUGCUGGGGACUGUAAGCUCGGGGCCGGCCGCGUGGCUCGAGUUCACCAUCUCGUCCUCGGGAGGGGCUGACAUGCCUCUGCGCGAAAACUGCCACGGCCUCAUGCGAAUCGAGUACGAAGGGGACAACACCCAUGGCUCGGCGGUCCGCUAUGAAGAGGCCGCCGCUGUUCGUUCUUGUCUCGCCGAGUACGAGGCCGCGGCGGACGCUUGCGUAGACCAGCUGGCUAUUGAAGACUUCUACCGGGACCUCGCCAAUGUUGGUCUUGACUUUGGCGCAACUUUCAGAAACAUGCAGAAGAUCAACUUCCGGCCGGGCGAAUCCGUCUAUGACCUGACCAUUGGCGACCCGGGCGAGACCUUCAACACGGGGCGGGCGGGACGUACGCACCUUAUUCACCCGGCCACUCUGGACUCCAUUGUCUCGGCCCCCUUUGCGGCUUACUAUGACGGCCCGGGCAAGCCCCUGACGAGGCCUUACAUCCCCGUCUUCAUCCAGGAGUUUGAAAUAUCUGCCGACGUCCCCUUUGACAUUGGGACCCCAGUCAAGGGCUUCUCGAGGGCGAAACGACGUGGCAUCGGGGAGAUCGAGUCCGAGAUCUAUAUGUUUGACGAGGCCUUGUCCAAGCGCUACCUUAGCAUCCGCGGCUACCGGUCUACCAGUGAGAUCGCAGCUGACACGAGCUCUGGCGCUGGCGCCGGCGACGGGUCGGACUCUUCGCCGGCAUUGUGUUACUUGACGCAGUGGGAGCACGCUUUCGGUCUCCUCACAAAGGAGGAGCUGAGCAGUGUUGUUUCAAACGCAGGCCAAACAUCAAAUGAGAAGCUAGAAAAGGUUGCGAAGAUGAUCCUUCACGAGUCUCCGGAUACCACCAUACUUGAGCUUCUACCUGGAAAGUCCGAGACUCGUGACAGCGGUAAUACAGCAGCAGCAGUAUCAAGACGUCUCGCACUGAGCGGGCCGCAACGGACGAAAUACGCCGGCCUAGCAAGUUCACUGCCCGAUGGCGCAGGCGGAGAAUAUCUGGAGCUGAAGCCCGGCAAGGCAGCCGAGGUCAAAUUCGACCUUAUCAUCUUGGGGCAGAGCUGCAGGGAGUCUAUCAACGACCAAUUGAGCCUCCCUUUUCUUCUGGAGCAUGUCAAGCCAGGUGGCCGUCUGAUCUGCGGUUUUGACUACAGGCGACUGGGCGAGCCGAUGCCCCAAGACUGCCGAGUUGAUGUAUUUGCUGAUGACACCGGCCCGGUGAGUCUUUUCUUCGCUGGUCCUGCAGCAGCCGUUGCGGAUGGAGACUCCCAUACCCCCGACGCCAGAACUCCGUCCGCCAACGAGGGCGACACUAAUACCAUCACCGCUUCUGCCAAAGACAAGGUGCUGAUCGUCGAGCCACCGGCACCAACUGACGCCUCUGUCCCGGCCUUUUCCAAGGAAUUGGUCAAGAUUCUCGAAAGUCGUGGACUGAGAGCCAGUGCCGCGGCCUGGACACCGGAGCUGGCGACGGAAAUCUCUUCGGGGCAGCAGCACAUUGUCGUCAGCUUGCUGGAGCUGAACAGACCUUUCAUGGAAAGCCUGUCCGGCUCGGAUUUCGCCCUUGUUCAGGGCAUGAUUGUGAAGGCUACGAGCCUGCUCUGGCUGACGGCGCUGAGCGGCCCUUCGGCAUCCGUCAUUGACGGCGCCUUGCGUGUAGCCAGGAGGGAACUCGGCAAUCUCGAUCUCAAGGUGCUGCACCUCUCUGCGUCUUCCCUGCACCGUGGGCCGGAACUCGCCGCCAGGGUCGUGGCCAGCUCUACCCAAGACACUGAGUUCCUCGAAGACGGGGACGGGCUGCUAAAGGUGAGCCGAGUAUUUGAGGAUCAGACUCUGAACGCCGAGGUCUCGUCCCACGCCGGCACCGGGACGCAUUUGGAGUCGAUGAAGACUUGUGACUUUUCACUGGCCCUUGGCAUUUCCAAGCCCGGCUUGUUGGAAACUCUGCAUUUCGGGCCCCAGGAGGGCGCGGGCGAACUGAAGGAGAACGAGGUUGAGAUCCAGAUCAAGGCAUCCGGAGUUAAUUUCCGAGACGUCAUGAUUUCCAUGGGUUUGAUUGCCGACCCUCACCUGGGAUACGAAGGCGCCGGCGUCGUGCUGAGAACAGGAAGCAAGGUGACGAGCGUCAAGAAGGGCGACCGCGUUAGCGCCCACGUCUACGGUUCGCACGCUACCGUGGCCCGCACCGUCGACAUUAUGUGCGCUCAAAUGCCCGACAGUAUCUCGUUCGAGGAGGGAGCGUCAUUCCCCGUUGUCUUCACGACCGCCUACCACGCGCUGGUCAACCUCGCUAGGCUGCGUCCAGGUCAGUCGGUGCUAAUUCACGCCGCUGCCGGCGGUGUGGGACAGGCGGCCAUCCAGCUGGCCCAGCAUCUGGGUCUCGACAUCUACGUGACGGUUGGGUCAGAAGACAAGAGGGUGCUCGUGAUGGAAAAGUACGGCAUUCCAGAGGAGCACAUAUUCAACUCGCGCAAUGCGAGCUUUGUCAUGGGCAUCAAACGUGUCACUGGCGGCCGCGGCGUUGACUGCUACUGCCUUGCGCCCCUCGGCACGUUUGUCGAGAUUGGCAGCCGCGACGUCAGCGAGAACACGCGCCUUGACAUGGCGCCUUUCGCUGCCGGCACAACCUUCACCUGCUUCACUCUGCUCGAGGUACUCCUCCACAAGCCAGAUCUCAUGGCCGAGACCUGGCGCAACACGUUCGACCUCGUCCGCAAGGGCGUGCUGCGCGCCCCGACGCCCCUAACCGUGAUGCCCGUCCACAUGGUUAAGGAUGCCUUCCGCCUCAUGCAGAGUGGGAAGCACCGCGGCAAGAUUGUGCUCUCGCUGGAGAAGGAUGGCGACGUGCCCGUGCCCGUCAUAAGAGACCCCAAGACGGCCCUACGGCUCGGUCCGUCGGGAACAUAUUUGUUGGUCGGCGGACUCGGCGGUCUGGGUCGGUCCCUGGCCCAGAUGCUCGUCGACUCGGGAGCGCGCAACAUCGCCUUCAUCUCACGCUCGGGGGCGACGCAGCCAUCGGCCAGAGCCAUUGUCGAGUCCCUAUCUACCCGGCCCGGCGGCGUCACCGUCAAGGCGUACGCCGCCGACGUCGCCGACAAGGCGUCACUGGCUGCCGCCAUCGCCCGCUGCGGCGAGGAGCUGCCGCCAAUCAAGGGCGUCAUCCAGAUGGCUAUGGUCCUGAAGGACGGCAUAUUCGAGCAAAUGACCCACGACAGAUGGACUGACGCGGUUAGGCCAAAGAUCGACGGCACGUGGAACCUGCACGAGCAUUUCGGGCCGCAUCGCUCGCUCGACUUCUUCAUUAUGUGCUCGUCCAUCUCGGGCGUCAUCGGCAACCGCGGCCAGGCCAACUACGCCGCGGCGAACUCCUUCCAGGACGCACUGGCCCACCACCGCCGCUCGUUGGGCCUGCAGGCAUGCGCUGUUGACCUGGGUAUUAUGCGCGAUGUUGGCGUGCUAGCUGAAACGGGGACCGCCGGCGACCUGAUUAAGUGGGAGGAGCUGCUCGGCAUCCGAGAGCCCGUUUUCCUGGCACUGAUGAAGGCCAUCAUCAACGGGGAGCGGCGCCGGCUGCUGGACCGCCGACACACGUCGCCUGCCGCAGCGGACGAGUUCCCUGCCCAGGUCAGCGUGGGUCUCGCGACGGCCGCCGCCUUCGAGGCCGCAGGCCUGGGUCUUCCAGACUGGCUGACCAUGGACGCGCGCUUCGCCCCUCUGGCAGCAAUCCGCUCUAGUGCCCCUACGGGCGACGAAAACAGGACAGAUGCCGCGCAGUCGGUCGUGGCCUCGCUGCCGAGACGCAUCACGAAGGCCGCGAGCAAGGACGACGCCGUCGUCGCUAUGAUAGACGGGCUGGUCGACAAGGUCUCCAACAUCUUGUCGACCCCAGCUUCUGAGGUGGACCCUGGCCGGCCGCUGUACAUGUACGGCGUGGAUUCCCUCGUGGCCAUGGAGAUACGGAACUGGGUCCAACGGGACAUAAAGGCCGACAUUGCGCUUUUCGAUGUCUUAGAGGCCGUGCCCAUGACCAAGUUUGCAGAGAAGGCCACUGAUGACUGCGUCGCUGUCGAGGACGCCACGGGCCUAAGCCAGGAGACCAUCCGCGAUCUCAAUCCCUGGAUCGAGCUGGGCUGUGGGAACCUCCAAUUUGCAUCUCAGACCGUCGGCAGCGUCAUCUGUAUCUCGCCCCCCGGUGGUGACUAUGAGCAGGAAUGUGGAACAUGGCACGAUGCGAGAGAGGGCGAAGACUGUGCUCAAGUCCUCGCCCGGUACCACACCAGCCUCGACACUUUCGUGCUCGCAAACCCCUCCGUUUCCCGAGAGAGCUGUGCGGAUGACCUCAUCACGGGGCUCACAUACUGCGCCACCCCGACACCAGACUUCCUCGCGACGGGCGCAGAAAUCCCCGGGCACUGGCGCUUCGGCUGCUACGCCCGUAACGUGGAGACAUCUGAAGAGCCGGUCCUGCAGAUUGACGAGGUCGGUCUCGAGUCCUCAAUGACGCUGCUCAAGUGCAAAGUGUACUGUCGAUCGCAGUCCUUCAACGUCUUCGGUCUGGAUGGGGGUGAUAAGUGCCUGUGCGACACGCGCUUACGGAUGUACAGCCAGCUCCUGGACGAUUCCAAGUGCCAGACAAAGUGCAAUGGAAACAGUUCCAACUCUUGCGGCGGUUAUGAAGCCAUCGACGUGUUCAGGCUUGACUAA